CCAGUCAACAGUAAACAAUCAAGAGCAGUCAACACUCAACAGUCAAACAGAAUUCAACAUCAAGACCAAGACCAGGACCAAGACCAAGCGUGAAGGAGGGUCGGCCCGCGGCUCCUCCACCUCUAUGCCCAUUAUUGUCCCCAAGAGAACACUGGUCUUACCACCAUGGAUCAGUUGCUUCCCUCGCCGGGGUUCAGCAUCCCCAGCAUCGGGACGCCGCUGGCACACUCGGGGGAGGAGGAGAUGAUAUUGCUCUCGGCACAGCAGAAGCAACAGCAGCAGUCUGCACAGCAGCAACAACAGCAGCAGCAGCAACAAGGGGCACAAAUGGGGCAGCAACAACAGCAACAGUUCGGCACCGGCCUAACGCCACAUAACCUUAUGCAACCACACACACCUAACCUCAUGUCCCCUGCAAUGGGUGGCGGGUCACAGGUGGGGGCUGGGGCCAUGUUUGGGUCAGCCCUGGGCCCCUCCACUCCAGCGGGUGGCCCCAUGACCCCCAUGACGCCACACUCUAAUGACCCCGGCAUUGUACCGCAGCUGCAAAACAUCGUCUCAACUGUUAACCUGAACUGCAAGCUGGACCUCAAAAAGAUCGCCCUGCACGCACGUAAUGCCGAGUACAACCCCAAGCGAUUUGCGGCGGUGAUCAUGCGUAUCCGUGAGCCGCGCACCACCGCCCUCAUCUUCUCCUCGGGCAAGAUGGUGUGCACUGGGGCCAAGAGUGAGGAUGACUCAAGAUUGGCGGCGAGGAAGUACGCGCGGAUUGUGCAAAAGCUUGGGUUCCCUGCAAAGUUUAUGGAGUUCAAGAUCCAGAACAUGGUGGGGAGCUGUGACGUUAAGUUCCCUAUCAGACUGGAGGGCCUCGUGCUCACCCAUAGUCAGUUCAGCAGUUACGAGCCUGAGCUGUUCCCCGGCCUCAUCUAUCGCAUGGUGAAGCCCCGCAUUGUUCUUCUCAUAUUUGUGUCCGGCAAGGUGGUACUCACAGGUGCGAAAGUGAGGAAUCAAAUUUAUGAAGCCUUUGACAACAUCUACCCCAUCCUGAAAAGCUUCAAGAAACAAUGAUGGCACAUAUGGUUGUCAUGCGAGUGUGUGUCCGUGGCAUCUUGAGAGUCUUACAAUGUACAAAGUGCGAACGUUUUAGCGUUAUGAACUUUUUUGAGGACUGAGGAGUUUUGAUGCAGUUCGGUGGUUGCGUAUUCUUAGGGGACGUCUGAGAAUUUGCACACGCCAUUCCAAUUUGAUACUGAAUAUACUUAGGUAAAAUUGAUGCCCUCCUCUUCCCCCUCCCUCUUUUUAUACCUCAAUCCAUUUUCCCAGGACCACUGUUUUCCCCCCCGGGUGUGAUGAGCAAUUGGAAUGGCGUGUAUGGGUAAGCAAACAUGCCCCGAGUGUGUUUAGUUCAGGCUGUCCAGGUUUGAAAAAUUUGGUAGGCCUGGAUGGUGAGCUGGCAGAGAGGUCAUCAAUCAAUUUUCCACUACUUUUAUGUAAGAAAAUGAUGUGAGUAUUUUAUAACUAUGUUAGUUAUGCCUGGAGUGAGAGAAUGUUUAUGACAAUAUUGUGAUGGGAGGAUUCUUAGUUGUUCCUCUGUGGCCUCCUUCACAUGAUGAUGGCACAACGUGAUGGACAGUCGAGUUUUGUGGGACUGUUUACAUGAUGCAUUGUUCGAGUUCCCAUGGGCUCUGUUGAUCAUUGGGCCACAAGGACAAUUUAAUGAUGCUUGUGUGAAGGAGACCUGAGCCUCUUUGUAUAUUUCCUACUUCAACUCUUCCUUGCAAAGUCAUUCUCUUCUGUGUAAAACAAAAUUCCACUCUGACUGAAUUCCUUUCCGUGCAUUUUCACCGUUCAAAAUGCGUCUCUUCUAUGAUAAAACAAACAUUAUAAUUUAUUUUCCUUCUUUGUGUGUCAUAUUUUCUUCAGGGGUUCAAGUUGUUUGGUCACAGUGUUAGUUAGUCAGAAAGAAUUUAUAUUUUAUCUAGGAGGAGCUGGCAGGAAUUUCAAGUGCAAGAAUUUAUGCCGAGUACACCAUAGUCUUAUUCUUUCUUAGGUCAGUUGGUGCUGGGCAAUUUAUAAUUUAUUUAAUGAGAGACUGACAGGAAUUUCAACCUUUACAACUUAUACUAGCUUGGGUUAUGCUUGUCAGUGGGUCGAGAGGAUAAGUAUGUUUUAUGGAAUGGAUGGAUGGGUAGUGUUGGUCCAGUUUCUCUUUGUCUUGUUUCUCCUUAUUUUUUUCCUCUUCUUGCUCAUAAAAUCUCCGUCUCAGGUGUGGCAAAGCUUAAGACUGUAUGCCAUAGUAUUAGUACUCAUCUGGCUUUACCAUUUGCACUGUUUAAUAAUAACGAUAAUAGUAACAUGCUGAGUACAUCUUUGCCUUACUCUGUCUUGAGUCUUCUGAAUUGGUUUGGACGACUUUGUAAUUUAUAAUGGAGUGCACCAGUAAGAAGUGAUGCCAGUGAGUACUACACCAAAGUCCUUUUUUGUAUAGGUUAUAGCAUUGGUUGAUGAGAAUUUGUAUUUAUAUAGUUUGGAUUUAUGUGAAUUGUAUGAAACGAGAACACCAACUUUGGUCAAAUUAUUUACGUACUUUGUUUUCUCAUUUGGCAUUUGUAUUUUUUUUCUUGGUACUUCCCUGAGUAGCUUGUUCUUUUUGUUCUUUUUGUAUUUUUCCAAGUGUCCAUUUACUUUUCGGCACAGCAAGUUUCCUGUGUAACUUUCCCUUUUUUGUAUUUUUCCUAGUGUCUAAUUACUUUCUGGCACAGCAAGUUUCCUGAAUAACUCCCUUUUUUUGUAUUUUUCUGAGUGUCCAAUUACUUUUCGGCACAGCAAGUUUCCUGUGUAACUUUCCCUUUUUUGUAUUUUUCCGAGUGUCUGAUUACUUUCCAGCACAGCAGUUUUCCUGAGUAACCCUUCUUUGUAUUUUCUGCGUAUGCAUUUUUGCUCUCAUUUUGUAUUUACCCUUUUCUUGUAUUUUACUUUUAUGUCCUUUCCAGAUCAACCUUCUCUUUCUUGUACUUUGUUGAGUUACCGGUAACUUUUUUUUAUGUAUCUUCAUGCGUGUUCCCGAGUGCCUUUUUUUCAUAGAAGUUUUUCCUGUUUUUUUUUGCACUUUCCUGUGUACUUGUUAUUUUAUUUAGGACUUUCUGUGUAACUUUGAGAUAGGAACUUUUUCUCUUGUGUAUUUUUCCUAGAUAUUUUUUCCUCUCCUGAACUUUACUGAAUUACACUCAUUUUGUAUUUCAUUAAUAUUUUCAGAGCAACUAUUCUCGGAACUGUUCUCAUGUUAUUUCAGUCAGCUUUAUUUUUAACUCAAGAGUUUUUCUCUUCACACUUUUCUGAGUAUUACAUCUUUUAAUUUUCUCCGUUACGUGUUUUCCGAAUAACUUCUGUAUUGUACUUCCCCGAGUAUGUCGAAGAAUUAUGAGCAGAGCUAUUACUAUUGUCAAGGAAAUAUUAUAAAUAAAGUGAGUAAAAGAAAGAACGAGUCAUGUAAACCAGCCUGUUAUAAAUAUACACUUCAAUUCCAAAUGUGUACAGCAAUACAAAACCCUUAUGAACACAAGGACACACCAGGUAUAGGCUUCAUUCACAGCUACAAUAGGUUUGCCAGUUCCUACAUACAUACCCUUAAUGUUAGUACUCUAUAUGGGGAAAAAAAACCUUGAAAAAUUGAGGUGACAUACAAGGUUAUUACACACCAUUUCUGAGCUUGGGAGGUAUAUGUGCCAAAACACAUUUAGAAUAUAUCCCCAAAAGGAAUGAUGUGGCUGAAGUUGCUGCCAAAUUGUAGGUUUUUUGUCAGUUUUUGGAUCUAGGUAUAUAUACACAGUAAAGCCUGGAGCCAUAAACACAGAAUGGAGAGAACAGCACCAAUGCCGCAACUUUCAAAACACAUAAAGCCGAUUUCACGGUCCAACACAGUGGGUUUUAAUCACCUGAACCAUACUAUUUAAUCUUCAACACUCUGCAAUGGUUAGGAUUUUGAUGCAAGGCCUGAUACACAAGAGAUUUCCUUAUAGUUUCCUCAAAUUUCUUAACUUAAAUAUGAACACCAAACACUACACAAGGAAUUUUGAAGUCUUUGGCAUUGGUUUGGAGGUUUACUACCCCAUCAUGGCGAACUGUGAAAGUGACCCAAAGACUCUACUCUUCAAAGGUUUCCCAGAACAGAAACUGAACAUCCUCCUCCCUUCCUGCCCUCAGUAAUCCAAGAACAUUCAUAUUCCACCUACAGACAUGAACAUUUCCACAAAACCAUCCACUAUUGCUGUUAUCAUUACUCCUACAGACACAUGUGAAGAUAAAUGGAUAAGAAUAUAGGUUCUCAAGUGCGUUUCCAGAAUAUAUUGUGCCGUGGGGGAAUGCAAUGGACGUGUUUUUAGCUGCAGUGUCGCUCGACUGACUAUGCAUUACUCAUGUCCACAGAACACUGUUGCCAGAUUAUCGUACUCAGAGCAUAGUAUUUACUGGUUUCUGACGCCCAAUUAUUGCCAAGAAACAUCAGGAAUUAACUAUUUUAAUGAUAAAUAUAAAUUAACCUAGGUAUUGGGGCUUAGGAGACAGAUUUGGGGUCAGAAGUCUGUAAAUAAGAGACGGGUACAACAAUCUGGCAACGUUGCCUCAGAAGUGAAAUAGUGAAAGUAAAGUAAUAUGACUCAAUUUUAUCCUUCAUUUCAAUUUUCAUGUUUUUUCCCCAUAAUUUUGAGAUAUUUAAUUUCCAUCCUUCACCUCAAUUGAGUUAUUUAUUUAUUCUUCACUUUAAUUACUCAUGUCUUCAGAAGUGAAAUAGUGAAAGUUAAGUAAUAUGACUCAAUUUUAUCCUUCAGUUCAAUUUUCAUGUUUUUUCCCUAUAACUUUGAGAUAUUUAAUUUCCAUCCUUCACCUCAAUUGAGUUAUUUAUUUAUUCUUCACUUUAAUUACUCAUGUCCUCAGAAGUGAAAUAGUGAAAGUUUUAAUUUAAUCCUUCAGUUCAAUUUUCAUGUUUUUUUCCCAUAAAUUUGAGAUAUUUAAUUUCUAUCCUUCACCUCAAUUUUCUCCCUUUGUUUUGAGUUAUUUAUUUAUCCUCCAGUUUAAUUUUUCAGGGUAUUUUUUCUCCUUCCACUGAUACAUAAGUACAAAACAAAAACUGCACAUAUGAACUGGCAAACACAUACCCUAUCACACACUAUAUAACCCCUCAUUUGACUUCCAUAUGCAUUUAUAGAAACACACACACACUCACACAUACAGGCACCAACACACACUUCCCACCACCUAUAGUUCCUCUCCUCACUUAACUCAUACUCUCCCAUACACACACACACUCGCCUUUCACCAAAUACAUAAUACACACAGUUUGUAAGCUUGCAUUAUCUACAGCAGCUCUCUCCACCUGCCAUCACCACAACAUAUCAGCAACAACAACAAUGCUAAUUCUUAAACAUCCUGGAAUCUGCACAGUUCAAAUAUUUAAGGCAUUCAAGUUCUCGGUAAUCUCUCUGAUGCCCGACUCUAUACUUCUCAAGAGCAAUUAUAUAUAUGUAACCUUAAUUUCAAUAGGCAUAGCUGAAAAAUCUUAGCUCCCAAAUAUACUGUAAUCUACACACAGUGCAUAAGGAUCAUAGAAAAUUGCUAAGCUGAUUUCCUGAUACAACACCACAUAUUUAUCAGGGGCAAGUAUAUAUUGUCACCCUCAUAAAGUAAUUGCCUAAGUAAUUUUUCAGUGAUUUCUUUUGUUUACGUACAUCAAUUUUUUAACAUGUGAUGCCCAUUUUUGAAUAGUUGCCUUCGUUAUUCAGGGUUUGAGUGUUCUAGAAUAUGCCUUUUCAUUUCUGCCUAAGUCUUAAGCCAAAUGAGAUAAUGACAGUUCUUUUCUGAUUUCCCGAAAAGUAGAAAAUAAUGAUUUAGGCGGUUUCUUUACGAGGGUGACGAUAUGUUAAUUUCAAUUCCCGAAAAGUAUAUAAUUACAAUCCCCAAACAUCCUAGAACCCACACAAUAUACAGUACUCAUGAUAUUCUAGUUCUAAGCUAAAUUCGCCUGAUAUCACAUUGCAUAUUUACCAAGUGCACGAGUCUGUGAUGCUGCAUAACCUUUGCUUAACAUGUGAACGUGUCCGAACUAUUGAUUUUAACAGCGCCGAGCCCCACUUUCCUGAAAUAUAACAAAUGGGAAGCACAGUCGUCUACUAAGUGAUGAAUGACACCACAGUAGCAGCAUUAGUAGUAGUAGUAGCAGCAGCAGUGGUAGUAUUAGUAGUGAAAGGGGUAGUAGUAAUAACAGUAGUGGUUAGGUGUGGUAGUAAGUCGUAGUAGUAGUAGUGGUAGUAACCUGAGAUAUUUCUGAAGGCUAAUAAGCUCUAGCUCCUCAAAUAAAGUAAGUUAAGUGUGAAUGGAUACUGAUUGAGACAUGAAUAAGAACUUGCAUAGCUGGUGACACAUACUUAAUCUCUUACACAAGUGUCCAAUCUCAUCUACAAAACAUGUGACUGUGCUAAUCUCAUAUAAGAAUAAAAGACUUGAAACAUUAACUCUGUGAUGAAAAGUAUCUGAAAAGGAAACAGAAGACUGGCUAUGCAGUUACAACGGAUACUAUAGUGUUACUUAAAGAAAUAAUAACAAUAAUAAUAACAUUGUGCAAAUUCAUAGUUUAGAACCAUGAAUUAUCAACUAUAAGACUCUAAUCAUGGUGGAUAUUCUUCCCCUAUGUAAUCAACUGCACCGGAAUAGAUUUGCCUUUACCCAGCGGUGGACAGACACACACUCACCACUGCCACAUAAAGCUUAAUCUUCACCGAGAAAGUGGAAUGUGGUGCUUAUAGGCUAGUAAUGGUCACACUCCUUCUUGCAGCCUCAAUAUAAGUGCUCCUUGUGAAGUAUGAGGGUCUGGAGGAGAGGGGGCUGAGGGACAGAGCCAUUGUUUCUAGUUUGAACAGGGAACAAGAGCUAAGUUGCAAGGGAAAACCAAACCUCUGUACUCCAAAUCCGAGGUAACUCCCUUGUAGCUUCAAUCUUAUUCUUUCUGGAAUGUGUAGUCUCUUUCCCAGUGCAACCUUUUAUUUUUUUACAUUAGAGGAAACAGUUAAAGGGCAAAAAAAAGGAAACAAUAAUGAAAAAAAAGCCCGCUACUCACUGUUCCCACAAAAGAGUCAAAAGGAGUGGCUGAAAGAUAGGUCAAUUUCUUUCCUCUUGAACUCUUGAAAUAGAAAAAAUGGCUUUGUUCCUUAUAUCCCUUCUCUUCCAGACACCUCAUAUAUACUCUGUUCAAAUUACCUUGGCAAACAGGCCCUGCCCACAUGCACAGAAACCAAUAAGAUACAAUCCAUCCCAGCACUCACGUCACACACAUCCUGCACUGAAGAGGGACAUUAAUUGCUUAUGAACUGCUAGCACAUAAGAUUCACAUUCUAAUACAUUUCAGGACUCAUGCCCACAUUAGACAAGUCCUUCAUGGAGGUUGUGGGUACUUCCAGGGGUAGUUUUAGGAGUCUAUAAUGCGUUUGUAGCAUGAAGUCCGUUCUAGGUGUGGCAGAUUCUGGAAUUACCAUGAGUGCGGUGCUGCCAGUUCGACCGCCAAUUAGGUUGUGGGUAGGUAGGUAGGGAGACAGAUUUGAAAAUUGGCGGUCGAACUGGCAGCGCCGCACUCAUGGUAUAUAAUUCCAGAAUCUGUCACACCCAGAACGGACUUCAUGCUACGAACGCUAGUGUGACGGUUUGACAAGGCUUCUGCACCACGUAUGGCAAAAACACUCAUGAAAACCUGACUGAUCUCCUUCAUGGCCAUUUGAAAUAUCUGUUGUGAGAGCCAAAGGUGUCCAGUGCAAAGCAGUGACCAAUAAGAGAUAACCUUCCCUGGAAUCCACCAAUCACAGGCUGUCUUCUUCUGAACUGACCAAUCAUAUACAUGUCACACACAAGGGGGAGGGGCUUAUUUGCCAGGCCAAUUUAACUCCAGAUUCACAAGCUAACAGUAGAAAAAUUUGAGCAUAACAUAUAUAUACUUAAUUUUCCCUUCAAUUAAUACGAGUUAUGCAUCUGGUACCUUUGUGGCUUGCAUCCCCAAAAAAGAAGUUUUCCUCCUUCCCUACAAUAAUGAAAAUAUAUAUCAUCAUUAUUUCCUCCAUCACAUGCAAAGAGAAAUGGUCCCAAGUGCUGUUUACCAAUGGCCUCAUACCACUUACAUUUGAGACUUUCUAAUACAUUCUGUUAUAGUCACUGCCAGCCAACCAGCCCCUGAAGCCCCACUCUGCCCUCUUCUUAAAGUCUUUCCUUAUGUAACACUCAGCCCUCUUCAUUUGCAGUCCCUUUUAAAUUCCCUUAAGACCCACCCAACCCUCGUCUCAUUUAGUCCAUUCAGCCAUUUAGUCUACCAGUCCCUCAAGCCCCACUCUGCCCUCUUCUUAAAGUCUUUCCUUAUGUAACUGCAGUCCCUUCUAUAUUCCCUUAAGACCCCCCCAACCCUCUUCUCAUUUAUUCCAUUCAGUCAUUUAGUCUACCAGUCCUUGAAGUCCCACUAUGCCCUCUUCUUAACCAGUCUUUCCUUAUUUAACACUCGACCCUCUUCUUCAGACCCACUCCACCCUCUUAUCAUUUAGUCAACCAAUCCCUGAAGCCCAACUAUGCCCUCCUUUUAAACAGUCUUCCCUUAUGUUACACCACCGUCAUUUUUGGUUGAUGUAAAAAAAGAAGGUUAGGUUUAGGGGACUUGUGGGAAGGCUGAGACUAAAAUAAUGCACUCUGGGGUGAACUAAAAGAAUAGGGCUAAGCUUAAGGGGACUCAGUGAAAGGGUGUGAAAUAAUGCACUCUGGGUUGAGGUAAAAGAUGAGGGUUGGGCUGAAGGGACUCAUUGGAAGGCUUUGGCUAAACUAACGCAUCUUUCCUUUGGCUUAAACACAUUAUAAACCUCAAAAUCUGUAGCUAUGAAUCUUUCCUUUGGCUUACACAUGUUAUAAACCUCAAAUUCUGUAGCAAUGCACCUUCCCCUUGACUUAUACUCAUUAUAAACCCCAAAUUCCUUAACAAUGCACUUUACCUUUCACUUAAACAAAUCAUAAACCUCAAAAUCUGUAGUCAACCAUCUUUUCUUUAGCUUACAUAUGUUAUAAACCUCAAAUUCUGUAGCAAUGUACCUUUCCCUUGGCUAAUACUAUAAACCCCAAAUUCUUUAACAAUGCACUUUACCUUUGACAAAUACAUUAUAAACCUCAAAAUCUGAAGCCAUGCAUCUUUCCUUUAGCUUACGCAUGUUAUAAACCUCAAAGUUCAUAGCAGUGCACCUUACCUUUGGCUUACAUACUUAACUUCACAUCCCACACAGACAUGUUAGCUACUUAAUAGAAGGCACUUGUUUCCGCCGCUUACUCCUCGUCGUCCUCCUCCUCAUCCUCGUCGUCAUAAUCUUCAUCCUCGUCUACGUGGCUCUCCUCUAUCGUUCCUUUGUGCGCCACCUUCUUCACUGACCCGCCCACUGAGGAAGAUGACCCCUUGGAAGGCUG